AUGGAUCUGGUAGAGACCAACUCUACGUCCAAUUCCAGUUCUUUGUGCACGGUAAACAAGGAGUUUACAUUCCACUUCUUGCCUGCAGUUUAUCUUAUCGUCUUUCUGGUGGGACUAGUUGGCAACGGCGUUGGCUUGUGGAACUUGUGUAUAAACCAGAAGAAGUGGACUUCAGUCAAUGUCUAUGUGGCAAACCUCGGCAUCGCUGAUCUCCUUUACGUCAUCACCCUGCCAUUCUUUGUGUCCUAUUAUACUAAGAAAGAAGUGUGGCCAUUUGGAUAUGGAUUUUGCCGCCUGACUCGCUGUCUAUUUCAUGUCAAUAUGUACGCCAGCAUCAGCUUUCUAACCUGUAUAAGCAUCCAACGCUACUUGGGCAUAGUCCACCCGUUAAAGACCAUGGUUAAAUACCAGAGUUUACGCCAAGCUUUUGUAAUCACCGCCUUGGUAUGGCUAUGGGUGAUUGUUCAGGUGGCACUUAGUUUUUUAAUCACAAAGGAUGACAUCAAUCCGGAUCAAUGUCAUGACUCCACCAGCAACAAGGAUGAAAAUGUCAAGAGAUACGCCCUUUACACCAUCAUCUUGACCUUCACCGGAUUUUUCAUCCCAUUUCUCAUCAUCGUGGUGUGUUACGCCAGGGUCCUCAAUGUACUUUGGAAGAAUAAAAAUAUGGACCCCGCGGCGAAAAGAAAAGUCAUAAAACUGAUCAGCAUUGUUCUGGCUCUGUUUUUCGUUUGUUUUUUCCCAUUUUACAUUUUGCGGAACUUUAAUUUGGUCUCCAGAAUUUGGCAGUUACAAGGGAAAUGCUCUCUAGCUCUGAAGAACACCUAUAUCGCCUACCAAGUCACCCGGGGCUUAGCCAGCAUGAACAGUGCCAUUAAUCCCUUGCUUUACUUUGUCACCGGUGAGAAUUUUUUGUCACAGUUUAAGAAAGUGAAGAGGAAAACGUGGCACGCGUGUGUGUAUAUCGGGAGGACUCGCAAUCCUACACUAACUGCUAAUGCUGAUGGUUAG